AUGGCAAGACUAGCUGUAUCGGAGGGUACGCCACCAGGAACACCAGUUUAUACUCUGCAAGCGGAUGAUCCUGAGGGGUCGCGAUUGCACUACAGCAUUAGUGGUGAACAUUUCAGCGUUGAUCGCGACACCGGCGUCGUUGUCCUCAGGCGGCAGCUUGACCAUGAAGCUCAAGACAUAAUUGAAGUGAUCAUUAGCAUAACCGAUGAGAGUAUAUCAGGUUCGGAGCCAAAUAUAUUCUCACUCCGUCGCGAGAUAGCGGUGCUUGACGAGAAUGACAAUCCACCAGCUUACCACGGUCGACCUUACGUUGCUCGAGUACCCGAGAGUGCAAAGGUCGGCGGUCUACUUUUGAAAGCUGGUACCAUCACUGUUACCGAUCGCGAUGGUGGUGUCAAUGCUGAUGUCAAAGUUGAUUGUGUACCCGCCAGCAGAGAUGAUGACGUUUGUCGAGUGUUUGCCAUUGCUACGCUUAAGCUGUCUGAAGGAAAAUAUGACGUACAAAUUACAUUGAUGGAAGCACUGGACUAUGAAAGAAGGAACUCUUACCUUAUUAAUUUAGUCGCCGUGGAUGGGGCAACUGAUCCGCUCAAGAGAUUGCAAGCAAAAGCUACUGUUGCCAUCGAUGUACUGGAUAUUCAGGAUCAACCUCCAAUCUUCAUAAAUGCGCCGUACAGUGGCGCCUUGGCGGAAAACAAAGAAGCAAAUGUGACAGUUCUCACGAUUCGAGCACGCGAUGGAGAUACAGAACAACCAAGAAACUUGAAACUAGAACUCGAAAAUGAAGCAGAUGGUUACUUUCAAUUGGAAGUUAUGCGAGAGGGUGAUGUUAUAGUUGGACACCUUAUUACUACAGACGUGUCGCUCGACCGUGAAGAUCCAAGUAUUAUGCAAAACGGUGGAAUUUACAGUUUUGACGUUAGAGCGACAGAAUUGAUUGAUAACCAGACAUUGUCAGAUUCGACGGUGUCAACGGUAACGAUCAUUGUGACGGAUGUUGAUGAUAUGGUACCUCGGUUCAGUGAGGAUUUGUUCAAUCUGAAGAUUUCUGAAGAUAUUGGUACUGACACUGCGUUGCCUGGUUUGAACAUGUUAGUCACUGACGAUGACAUAGGCGAAAAUGCAAAAUACAAGUUAGUAUUGCGGGAUUCACCGAAUUAUCCAGGUGUGAGCAAAGCUUUUGCAAUCAGCCCCGAAGAAGGUCAAGGCCGAGUUUCGACCAUCAUUAGAACGCAAGACUCAAAUGUAUUGGAUUACGAUAUACCUGGUAAUCAUGAGCUGGAAUUUGAGGUUGCAGCCUCUGUAAAUGAUCAAGUUGUUGCAUUUUCCACGGUGCACCUUCAGCUGGUUGAUGCUAAUGACCACAGCCCAGAAUUCUCUCAAGAAAUCUAUCGACUUGAUGUAGCUGAAGAUGCCGAAAUCGGCUUAAAAUUCAGUGAUAUCAAAGCUAAAGAUGUAGAUAGUGGUAAAUUUAGUGAACUUACCUAUAAUUUACGAGGAUUUGGUGCAGAAAAGUUCCGUACUGACUUGAAAAACGGCGGUGUAUAUGUGGCAAAAGCACUCGAUUACGAAACCCAACGUUCGUAUUCGCUGUCUAUAGAAGCGAAAGAUGGCGGUGGCAAAAUUUCUUCGGUAGUCUUAUUGAUCGAGGUGGGGGAUGUCAAUGACAAUGACCCAAUGUUCGAGCAGUCUGACUACUCGAGAAUCAUAAGAGAAAGUGCGACUAGUUUUGAUCCCCAAAUGUUCAUCCGAGCUAUUGAUAUUGAUGGGCCAACUCAAGGAGGUGGCCGGGUUUCUUAUUCUAUUACUGAUCACAAUAGCAUGAACGACAAUGUAUUCAAGCUUCAUCCCGACACUGGAGAACUAACCAUCACAACUCCAGCACGCUCAGGUGACACUGAGCGGGGCGUCUACGAGCUAACUACACGUGCAACAGAUUACGGCUCCCCACCUCGAUAUUCGGAAGCGAAAGUUUAUAUUCGUGUAGGUGUACCGGGCAAUCAAAAACCCAUCUUCCGAGGUAACUUCAAAUCAACGCUUCCUGGUCCAAGUGCCUAUCGCGCAAGAAUUUUGGAGAACGCAGCAUCUGGUACGGAAGUCAUACGCGUAAUGGCUAAUGAUCCGGAUGGAAGAGAUAACUUGUUACAGUAUCAGAUUCGAUCGGGCGCUAAAGAUAAUUUUGUAAUCAAUCCGAAUUCCGGGAUAAUAACUGUUUCGCCAGAUGCGAGGCUCGAUCUUGAAAAAGGUGGAGACAAAUAUGAGGUGGUUAUUUACGCGAUUGACUCUGGUACGCCGAUAAAGGAGACUGCUACGACAACCGUUACUGUUACUAUUGUUGAUGUGAAUAAUAAAUCACCUGUUUUUCCUAAUUCAACCUACACUGUUUACGUCUCAGAGAGAGCUAGUAUUGGCGAAAUUAUUUUGAAAUUAACGGCAGAAGAUCCAGACACCGAUGCUAACAUUGAAUACUCAAUCGUAGAACCUAUUACAGCCGUUGAUAAAGCUGGUGUAGCUUUAAUGAACAAUAUAUAUGACUAUAAGACUACUUUUCGAAUAAAUAAGACUACCGGUGUUAUUUCUGUCAAUCGUACUCUCGACUAUCAGACGGCAGCCGUAAUCAUCUUCCAAGUGGAAGCCAGAGAUGAAAAUGCAGUUGUCGAUAAAAAAAAACAAGUUGCACAUACUGAAGUAACAGCUUAUAUACAAGCAUACAGCGACGACAAUCCCAGAUUCAUCAACGCAGGUUGGACGCCUAAUAACCCGACAAUUAAGUUGACAGUACCGGAGGAACAGCCGCUUGGCACUACGCUGCUCGUACUCACUGCGAAAGAGCCGCAAACUGGUUAUGCCAUUCAGAGAUUCGAGCUAGUCCGUGGUGAGAAUGAUGAGCAAUAUGUUAAUGUUGGAGUUCAAAGUGGAAAUGUCGUUCUCAAUAAGAGGAUAGACUACGAGACUCUGAAUGAAAAGCAAAUUAAAUUCAAAGUCAGAGCUGUGACUAGGGAUUAUGAGAUUACAAGGAGGAUGUCGGAAGCAAAUAUCAUUGUUACUGUUCAAGACGUCAACGAUAAUAACCCGAUCUUUACACAGAAAGAUUAUAAAAUAGCCGUGUUAGAAUCUGACAAGCCAUCAAAAGUUGUGGUAACUGUCAAGGCGACCGAUAUAGAUAGCAUCAAUACAGAAGAGGAAAGAAAUCGUGGCUAUGGAAUAGUAAGAUAUUCUAUAACCGGAGAAAAUGCAAACUAUUUCGAAAUUGAUGCAGUGAAUGGGAGUAUUCGAAUUGCACCAAAUAUGACUCUCGAUCGAGAAAGGCAGUCAGUUUUACGAAUGUAUGCAAUCGCAGCUGAUACGCCAGGGGGAGGCGCAGCGCAAAGAACAGCAAGAGCACUUAUUGCAGUUGACGUGCUUGACGUAAACGACAAUGCACCAAUGUUUCCACAAAAAUCUUAUACUGCAGUUAUACCAGAAAAUGCUCCUGUGGGCGUUAGCAUAAUCAAUAUAACAGCAAGUGACCCUGAUGAAGGAUCGGGGGGUAUUAUUCACUUUGAAAUUAUAGAUCAAGGAGAGGCUGUCGGGCUGUUUAAAAUAAAUCAAACAACUGGUGAGAUUGAGUCAAAACAUGAAUUGACAGGCAAAGGUAGAACGGAGCCUUACUUACUACGGAUUCGAGCUCAAGAUUCUGGAGAUCCACCUUUAUUUACUGAUGUUAUGCUAGCACUUUAUAUCGGUGAUGUAGUUAGUAACGAUGGCGUUCCGCUAUUUGUAAGACCUACUUUUGAAGAAAUUGCUCAAAUCGCUGAAAAUUCUACGAUCGGCAGUCCCGUUUUUCAAGUGGUCGCAUCUGAUCCAGAUGAUCCAAACUUGCCAAACGGUAAGAUAAUGUUUAAGUUUCUCGAAGAUGGAAAUUUUGGCAGUGAUGCAAGUGCCUUUAAAAUUGAUGAAGAAACUGGUUUAAUCACGACGAGAACAUUAUUGGAUCGCGAGACAAAGGACAGCUAUACGUUGAUACUUGUAGCUCAGGAUCUUGGAGAACCACCUCAACAAGCUACCAGAAUUUUGCAGGUCAAAGUUCUGGAUAUAGAUGAUCAUAAGCCACACUUUAAACGAAGUUUCUUUAGUCCCCCUAUAGACAUGAACUUGAAAGAGGAGACCCCAAUUGGCACCAAGGUUGGCGUAGUUCAAGCAGUAGAUGAAGAUAUUGGCGAGAAUGGUAUGAUUGACUACGUUAUUGUGUAUGGAAAUGAAGCUGACCUUUUUGCCAUAGAAAGAUUAGCUAAUAAUAGUGCCUUGAUAAAAUCUGCUGCAAGGAUAGAUAGAGAAGUUGCUGAAAAGUACUUAUUAACGAUCAAGUGUUUCAAAUAUUCAACGCAAUCUGUAGAUCAUGUGCCGAAGCCCUACAACAAACAAGAUCCUACGGAGAGGCAAGUACUUGUAAAAAUUAUUGAUAUAGAUGAUAAUAGACCGAAAUUCAAGAAAGAUAACUUUACAAUUGGAGUACGACUGAAUGUGCCUAUUGACACGCAUCUUAUUACGUUGGAAGCUGAGGAUGUUGACUCGGAUGCUUUAUCCCUCAAUUAUAAUAUAGGCGAAAUACUUUUCAUCUCUAAUACAGAUCACACCAUGACGAAAAGAUCAAUACCACCUCCGAUAUCUCUGAAUCCUAAAACCGGUGAAAUUAGAACUACGGGAUCGUUAACCGUUUAUUAUGAUGGAUACAUGGAGGUUUCUAUUUCUGCAAAUAACUCUCUUGUACCCGGAAGAGAAACUAACGUCACGUUAAGAAUAUUCAUGCUCCGAGAUCGAGACAUGUUGAAAUUUGUAUUCUCUAAGCCACCAGUAGAAGUUCGAAAGAAGCUUGAAGAGUUUGAAAACGCAGUUGCUAAAGCUUUGUUGUUACCGAUAUCUGUCAACGUUUAUGAUACGCAGUUCUAUGCUAAAGAUGAUAACUCACUAGACUUUUCAUCUACAAGUUCAUGCUUCCAAAUUGUAGGUAAAGAGACUUAUACUUUAGGCGAAAUGAAAGCUUUGUUGAAUGAUCCUAAGAAUGAGCAACUGAAAGACGUCUAUAAGAAAUUUAAUAUGGAAAGAGUACAGAAUUGUGCUGUUACCGUUGCUAGAACUGAUGCGUCAACCACGCAGAUGUGGGUGUUAGCUAUUGCUGCAUUUAUUGGUGUUGCUACCAUUACGGCAAGCUUUGCCAUUUGCUGUAUGCAUGCCAAAUACAAACAACAAGCAAGACAUUCACGACUACGAGACCAGCCAAGAGCAACGCUAAGUUAUGUCUCAUCAGCCCCAGGCCUGAUUAGUUCUGGAUCUCACACGACAUUAGGACCUGGUACAAUGCUAUCUGUUGGCUCGCCGCAAGAAGGUCCUUACGAGUAGGGUAAUACCGCAGCUACCUUAUAUCACCCAAGCACACUUUCGAGGACGUAACUUUCUUAUAUCGUUAAAAUGAAACAGCAAGAUCAAGAAAAGAAAUCGCCUGUGAAAAAGCAUACCAUGCAUGUAACUUGUGUUAUUGACAAAAGUGUUGACUGAACAAAAGAAAAGUGGCGCCACGAGAGAAACUUGUAAGGUGCUAGUGACGAACAGUU